CAGGACCCCGGAAAUAGAAACUCUCUGAAGUGCCUGAACAAAAACAAUAACGAGAAGCGACUCGUGUUCAUUGAUUAAUAGUUUGGAUAAGAAAAUGUUUCCAUCGAGGACAGAAAUGCUCUGACAGCACGUCAAAAGGGAGCCUGUUUUCCCGUGGAAGUGGCUGCUUCUCUUCUCCAUGAGGAGAACCCCGGCUUGUCUCUGGGCUCAUGGCUCGUGCCGUUUGUCCCGCCUCCCUGUUAGAACCGGUCCAGUCCGGACCUACAGUUCUCAGCAGCAGCCUGGACCUCCUUCGCCCUCAAGUCACCCUCCUGAGCAAAGAGGUGGAGCUGAGGCGGUGAAGGAGCGCGUCCUGUCUGCCUUCCAACAUGCGGACGGUCUGGGGCGACGGUGGGGUCAGAAGUCGGCUCAGGCGGCCACAGCCACCGUCAACCACUGGUGGGAACGGUACGAGGAGUUUGUGGGACUCAACGAGGUCCGAGACGCUCAGACCAAAGUGACGGAGGCUGAGGCUGCGUUCAUGGUGGCCAGGGGGAUCGUGCGGGAGGCGCAUGCCAGCCUAGAGGCCCUGCAGGGCCGGCUGAAGGAGGUCCGAGACCGGCUGGACAGAGUCUCCCGGGAGGAGGCUCACUACCUGGAACUGGCGACGCUGGAGCACAAGCUGCUGCAGGAGGAGCGUCGACUCCGGACGGCUUAUGAGAGCGCAGAGGGCUCGGAGAGGGAGAAGUUCUCCUUGUUUUCAGCAGCUGUCAGGGAGAGCCACGAGAAGGAGAGGACGAGGGCGGAGCGAACCAAGAACUGGUCCAUCAUCGGCUCGGUGCUGGGAGCGCUGAUCGGCGUCAUGGGAUCAACGUACAUCAACCGCGUUCGUCUGCAGGAGCUGAAGAACCUCCUCCUGGAGGCCCAGAAGGGUCCGGAGAGCCUGCAGGAGGCCCUGAAAGUCCAGGCUGGAAACCACCGCUCUCAGCAGGACGAGCUCCGCUCACUCAUCGACAGUCUGAGGGUCGCUCUGGCAGAUGUUUUCACGCGGCGGGACGGCAUUCCUCCACAGAGGUCGGGCUCCUCCGCAGGCCCUCCUGCCGCCCCUCCUUCCGCUUUGAGAGACCUCAGCGUCAGCAGCCAGAGGAGUCUGUCCCUGCUGGAGUCACUCCCCCCACAGCUCGCUCAGCUGGAGCGAGGCCUCGUUCGCGCUCAGAGCGACCUGUCUGCCGUCAGGAACCUCCUGGAAACCAGACCACACAUGGAACCGCGGACUGACGUUCAGGCUGCUGGUGUGCAGCUGCAGGGGGAGGAACAAAGGGAGGCAGUGGGGAGGAAUCUGGCGGAGACCCAGAGGAUGCUGGGAGAAAAGAUCAGGACCAAUACUUUCUAUAAUGCGGUGUUCACCUACACGGCGUCAGCCCUCACGGUCUCUGCCGUCUACCUGCUGCUCAGAGGAACAUGAGGUGAGCGCAGCAACACUGCAGGAUUAAUAAUCCAAGGAAUUAAAAUGGAAUUAUAAUCUGGAUGAAGUCGGUUUCUCUGAUGAAUCUUUGACUUCAUUACCUAAAGCUCCUCUUCCUGCUGUCUCUAAACAAAAACCUUGAUGGAAAUAUUUUUACAAAACUGAUCACAAGAUGAGGAUCUAUUGUAGGACUGGCGAACAUGAUCAAAUUAAUCUGUGUUUUAAAAUGAGUGCCUGGAUUAUCUGAUGAAACCUCCAGCCUUUUCAGCCAAUCAGCCGUUGACCUUUAUGGGACCAGACCUGCUGGUGACCUCCAGAGCAGAACGUGGAUUCAAAUAUGCGUUUAUGCAAACAGGAUGUAAAUGAGUCGCAGAGACAAGCCUCUGUUCAUGUUACUGGCACUGAUGAUGAUGAUGAUGAAUAAAGGAUUCUAUGGAAACGUCA